CUCAACUUCAACCAUUCUUAUUCAAGUCAUUGGCAUCUUGCAGGCUUCAGACCCAUUAUGACUGAUUCUGAUGCUGUUCAACAGCCUGUUUCGCAGUCGAUUCUAGAACUGCAACGUCGUCUUCAACAAGCAUCCAUGACUUCUCUAGCAAGGAAUGCUCACGAGCAUCACUCCAGUGCUGAACUACCUUCUAAUCACUCUAAAAGUGCUACUGCUAAAGGCAUCGACUUGCACAGUCAAGACAACUUUCCAUCUCUGCCCAUCUCUUCUACGACUUCUACUUCGAAUCGUCCUGUAUGGAAACCUCCUACUAUGACACCUUCUUCUAACCAUAUCACCGAACACUUUGAAAUCCCUCCACAGAUGCAGUUGAAACAGCAGCUUGGAAAACAGUCCUCGUCGUUUGAGAUUUGCAAGGGUAUUAUGCGUCGCAUCGGAACUUCCAUCGAACUGUCCACUAACCAAAAAUCUGGAACCCUUACUGUUCUCAUCUCGGGCAAUCCAAAGGCUGUUAAUCAGGCUAGGCGUGAGGUUCUUCACGGACUUUGUGCUCAGAUCACUCAGCAAAUUUCAGUUCCUGCAUCCGUACGAUCUUUUAUUGUUGGAAAAGGUGGCCAAACUCUCAAAGGAAUCACUAGUCGCACUCUCACUGAAAUCAAUAUCAUUCGUACAGAUAAACCUAGGGAUGGAAAUACGCUUGAUAUCGAUCCUUCAACAAUCGAUCCCUUUGCUGAGCAGACUAUCACCAUAAUUGGUGAUCCCGAAGGUGUUGCCAUGGCUCAAAAGGAAAUCGAAAUGAUUGUUGCUGCUCGUACAAGUACUCAUAUUUCUCGCGUAAAAGUCGAUCGAUCUUACCAUCAGUUUAUUGCUGGUCCCGGUGGUUGUGCCAUUGCGGCUCUUCAGGACGAACAUGGUAUCAAGAUCCAUAUCGCACCAGCUGAUGCUGUAUCAUCCAACACCGAUAUCAACGAUAUCGUUUUGGUCGGCGACCGUUCCGCUGUGUUGCCCGUUCUCGCAAAAAUCACCCAGCAGUAUGAAGAUCUGAAACGCUCCACUCGAUCAAUUUCAGUCCCCAUCAAGAAGCAGCAGCACCGGUUUAUUUUUGGUCACAAGGGCUCUGCUCUACAAGAAAUUUUCACUUCCACCAACUGCAUUGUUGAAAUCCCACCUGCAUCUAGCGACAGUGACGUCGUAUUUGUUCGCGGUCCUGAAAACAUGCUCACCAUCGCACUUCAACUUGUUUUGGAAAAGACAAAUUCAAUCUUUAUGGAUGAAAUCCCCGUUGCUACUUUUUUGCCAGCAACCCUCAAUGCCAACUUUAUGAUUCAAUUCUUGAUCAAAGAUCGCAUACAGUUCAAAGCAAUUGAAACCGAACACUCUGUCAUCAUCGCUUCGUCUCUAGCUGCCAAUGGAAAACCUGCUACAAUAGAUGUUUUGGCAAAAUCCAAGGAAAGCAUGCUUGCUGGUAGAAAUGCUGUUGUUGCUCUUCUCAAGGAAAAGGGACAUGCUAUUUACCUGAACUCGUUUGAUAUAUCCAGUGAAUUACAUGGAUACGUCAUUGGAAAGGGUGGCCAGAAUAUCAUAAAACUAAUUGCCAAACCCCAAUGGAACGGUCGUUUGGUCAACGUCAUAAUGCCUAAUGAAGACAGUAAGAGCGAUCAGGUCAUUUUGGCCAUCAAGCGCGAUGCUACUAUCCCUGCAUUGGCUGCUAGCAACACGGAAGCACUUGCACUGUUUGAAUUGAUUAAAAAUGAUAUCAUCGAUACUGCCACUGCCAACGCUGAUGUAGUUGUCAAGACACUCUUGAUUGACCCUCGAUUCCACGGUAGACUUAUUGGCUUUGGUGGUGCUACAUUCAGAGACAUUGUUUCUCCCUACAAUGGCUCGGUUUCCAUCAAAUUUCCUGCUUUGCACGACAAAACUGACGCUGCUUCCACUGCGUCAAAAUCUUCCAAACCCAACGGAUCCAAGGACUCGGCAUCCAACUCAUCCGAAGUUGUUAUCAAGGGUCCCCAGAAAAAUGUUGAAGAGGUUUGUCAUACUAUUGAGAAACUUGUUGCGGAUAUGCGCCAUCUUGAAACCAUUUCGUCUUUCCGUGAAAAAAUGACUGUUCCCAAAACCCAUGUUAGUCUUUUAAUGAGCUUUGGUCUUGGCCGGACUGUGCGUGCCAUUCGUGAAAGGUUUGCAAAUCAAUCGUUGAAACUCCUUCCAGCCGAAAAGAUAUUUGAAAAGGAUCUUGCCACGCCAACUAGCAUGCUUCAUCUUUCAACUGAAAUCACAACCACUACUGGUGGAAAUGAUACUCUAACCAUUACUGGGCCCAAGACGUUUGUUCUUGCCGCUAAAGAAAUUCUUUCUGACCGCCUUGAAAAGCUGGCUAAUUUUGCCGAAGUUCAUUUCAAUGUCUUUGACGAGAUGUCUGCCGAGGCUCGACAGGUUUUACAAGACAUGGGUGCUGAAUUCAAGCAAUCUGCUUUCCGUCGUUUGGUUGGUAAGGAUGCUAAGCAUCUUAAAAAGUUUUCCGAACAAUACGACGUGUAUAUCAAAACUCUGAAAACUCGUACUGACGAGACGGAUGAAGAGAGUGCUGGUGCUGAAAAUUCCCAGUCACUUGGUACUCUAAAGAUUGAAGGCAACAAAACAACUGUCAAGGAUGCCAAGCGUGAUAUUAUUGCUUUUGUACAAAACGAUGUUUUGCACUCGUUCCGUUUGACGUUCCACUUUCCUCGCUCUGCGUUGCCCCACGUUGUCGGUCGUGGUGGAUCUCGUUUGACCAAACUCAAGGAGGAUCUAGAGGCCCGGGUGGAUUUGAACGAUGAUUAUGAAAGCGAUCAAGUCAAGUGUACCAUUUGGGGUCGCAAAUCGGAAUGUCUGGAACUCAAGCGCAGAAUUGAAGAUGCCAUUGAUAAGUUGGUAAAUAUUGAUACUGUCAAUGUAAGCAUUCCUUCUUUCUUGCAUCGUCAUAUUAUUGGGCCUGCUGGCUCUACCAUUCGUAAACUCAUUGACGAAGCUGGUGGUCCCGAUCAAGUCAAAAUCAACUUUCCAAAGAAUGGGGAUGGUUCGGAUGAAAAUGUAGUUGUAGUUACUGCACAUUCUAGCAGUGUUCACCAAGCUGUGUCGCAACUGAUGCAACUGGUUGCUCAGGUAGUGGCACAUGGUGGAAAUGGAACUGACCAAGUCAAGGCCGCUACAUCCAUAUUUUCCACUGUAUAUACAGUUGAAGAUGCUCACAAGGUUCAAAAGGUCACUUUUCCAAAAGCUGAUAUGUCGUAUGCCUUUGGACGAUUGCGCGAUGGGCUAAUUGAUCUUAUGCGCAAGCAUGGUGUUACCAUUUGGAUUGAAGAAGAUGAAGCUACUGCUAGUAUUCAUGCUCACAUUGCUGGGGGUGAACAAUCGGAAAAGCAUGUUCAGCAAUGUGCAGCAGCUAUUCUCUCUCAUCUUCCUGUUUCCAAAACGGUUGCGCUUCCUGUCGAGAUUUUGGAAAUCCUUCAAGUUGCGGGUACUGAGCAAGUACAAAUGCGCGAAUCCAUCAACGAACAUCUUCGUCGGAUCCGCAGUGAUCAUGGUGUGACCAUUGAAUUUCCCAACAGUCCUGCCAAAUCUACUGAAGGUAGCUUUAUUUCUAUUCGUGGUAGCAAUCAGAAAAUGGAUGCAGCGAUCUCUGCCCUUGACUCGGCUUUCAAGAAUCUUAAAUCGAACAAGCAUCUGAUUUGUAUGACUAUUGCCGCAGGGUAUCGACCUCACAUUAUCGGACGUGGUGGCCAAACUUUAAAGCGUAUUUGUGACGAAACGGGUGCAUUACUUGACUUUGUUUCUCAAAGGCAUCAUAACAGAGAUGAUCAUGCCAAUAGCAAUGCUGUUGAAAUACUAAAGAUUCGUGGUGUGACACAGACUUCUGUUGAUGCUGCCAAGGCCAUUGUGGAUGGACUCAUUGCUGAACAAAGUGUGAGGAUUAAACGUGAUGCUGAACGCCAACAGGCUCGUGAGGCAGCAGCUCGCCAACAGCCUGCGCGUAUUGAUGACGAUUCUUCUACCACGACGUAUCGUACUGGGGGUAUACCUGGAUAUGUUCCACCUGGAUUUUCUGGGCGUAGCAGUGCAAGUCAAUCUAAUGGCGUAGGUGCUUCCACUAGUAUCAAGGUAGCAUCCGCUAUUUCUGGCUUUGAAUUUUCUGCCAACCAACAUCAAAUGCAUCAACCAACGGGACUGUUUACUUCUGGCUCAGCUGUGCAAGAUCAAGGAUGGAAAUCAGUGUCCAAGAAAAAUAACCGUGCAAGUUCCAAUACUUCUGGUAAUACUACUACACUCGAAGAGGCUGCACCUGUUGCUCCUGUUGCCCCUAUUGCUCCUGUGGAUGAGGCUGCACCUACUACUGGUAAAAAAAAGAAUAAGAAGAAGAAGAGUAAGCCCGUUUCUGACGCCGAUGCUCAAGUUGAACGCGAUAUCGUAAGCCCUGAGCCCGAGGUUGUUGUUGCAUCAUCUGAUUCCACUGCUACGGCUCAACGCAAGGAUCAAUCCAAACAAGUACAAAAGCCUGUACAUGAUGCAAUCAAACCUGCUGCUGCUUCUGCUCCUGUUGCAUGUGUAGUAGACAUGCCUAAACGUGCCCCCUCGCCCAUUGCUUUUGAAGUUGCCGAAGAUGACGGAUGGCAAACUGUUAGCACCAAGCGUACUGGUAAAGUUGCUACAAACGUUGAAUCCACCGCUGCUGACACGUCCAUACCUACAGAAAGUGCAACAAAAAAGAAAAGCAAGAAAAAUGGUAUUUUUUUUAAUGUUAUCCAAGAUGAGCAGGAUGAUGAAAACAAUAAAUAAAGCGAGCUUUCAAGUAUUUUUG